AUGCUUGAAAAAGCUCUCAGUGAUAACACUGAUGGUUGUACCUGGGUCAAUUUUUCUGUGUUCGUUCCUACAUUUGUUCUGCUUCCUCUUCAGACUUCUCUGGAGUACAACCCAACAACAGAGGAAUCGGAUGCGUGUGACGCAGCGCAGUGCUGGAAGAGGGAGACAACUCCAAAAAUAUUUCGUCAAUACUUCGAAGAUCGAUUCGUCUCCCUCUUGAGUAUAUUGACAGCAGAAGAGUCAAUUAAGUCUAGAAUUUUAGCACGCACGCUCCUGUCCUUUGUGCGCCAAAUAUAUUAUCGUCUGUGUGUCGACGAAAGUGUUGCCGUGAGGGAAAAUGCAGCCAGAAAACUGGAUCAGUUUGCAAAAGUGGUGGAUUUAAGCCACUUUAAAGUCGAUAUUAUACCCCUAUUUCAUAUGCUGCAGAAGGACGAAGAGGUAAUAAUACGUGUGGCAGCUGCUGAAUCGUUGGUGAAUAUUUUGAUGUACCAGCGCGUUUCUGACGAACUCAGCAAGGAGCUGCUUUCAGAGUUGCAGAAGUAUAUUAAUGAUCCGUCUUCGAGUGUUCGUUACCUGAUCGUCAUCAAAAUUGUCGAGGUUUUAAGAGGUCUUCAAGAAGGCACGUUGAAGUCAGAUCUUCUCCAUAUACAUGAUGGUUUACUGAAGACUCUGACACAGGAAGAUUGCCAGCAGCAACACAUCAGUAUCCGUUGUUUAAAGUGUGAUCGUCUCAAAAUUACUAAAGAUUUUUUUAAGGACUCUUAA